AUGAACAAUAGAUACGCCAAAGUACCAUUGCCAACUACAGGUGUUCCUAAGGAACACAAAAUUUAUGGCUGGAGAAUUAAAACCGUGCGCAAUCCAAUCUUGUCAUCUGCAGAAAUUGACACAGCCACUGAUAAACUACAAAUCCCCAUGCCUGAAAUGAUUUUCGGUAAUAACUACGUUGAAAUCGCGUACCUGGGUCCAACUGGACAAGAAUCUCCAUACUGGACUUUACGUUUUGAUACACUUAGCGCUCUGGAUUGUGUGGAUAAAACUGGUACUCAGAACAAGCUUGUUCAAGUUGCUCAUUCUAAAGCAUGGCAAAAGUCGUCUGAAAAAACAGCUCAGGAAUGCCCUGAUGAAAUUCAUGGUAUCUUGAAGCCAUAUGACUGGACAUACACUUCUGACUAUCGGGGCGAUGUCAGUAGUUUGAAACCAGAGCACGCAUUACAGGAAGUGACAGUGGAGACCCAUGGACAAUCGGUUUUUGACGAGCAUGCAUUACCAUUUGACAAGUUAAAGAAGCCCGAACCCAUUGAGUUUUAUGACGAAGUGGUACUAUAUGAGGACGAGCUAGGUGACAAUGGCAUUGUGUCUUUGUCAGUUAAGGUGCGUGUAAUGCCGCUUCGACUAUUGUUGCUUGCACGUUUGUUUCUGCGAGUAGACGGGGUACUGUUCCGUGUUCGUGAUACCCGUGUGUAUAUCGACUUUGAGUACCAAGACUCGGGUGCACCGCGUGUAAUUCGCGAGUACACUGAGCAUGAGGAUACAUAUGAUUCAGUGAAGCGCAAGAUUCCAAGGGCUGCGCGUGACUAUAGCAUGUACUUACGGGAUGAAAACUGGGUUGCAGCUCACACUCCAGUAACAAAGUUUAUUCGUGAAUACAGUCAUUUGAAAGAAGGUAAAGAAAAAGAACAGCAGAAAGAAAAGAGUUGA